CAGCCAAAGUAGAUCUCACGGCCCGCUGGUCCAGAGUCUCUACAUCAGGGGGUGAAAUUAAGCAACGUCCCUUUGAAUUUCCAUCUAUCUUCUCGAACUCCUCCUCGUUAGGUUGAUUCGAAUCACUAUGUCAACUUAAGGCUGUACGGUCCCCAUGUCAAAAAUUAAUCAAACCUUUCCUGAAGGCUAAUGCGAAAUCCAAGGUGGUAUAAGAAGUUCGGCUCGUCUUGAAAUCCGCCGUUCCACUUCUUUUCCAGACCUGGUGUCUACCUUCAACUUCCAACUUCCCUUAUUUCCCUCCAAUUCUCUUCUUGUUUCAACAAUGACUCGCUUCCUCAUCGCCCUUUUGUCCGUAGCCCUGAUGGCUUACUUAUUCCAAGUUGAAGCUGUUCCUCUGAGAAGCCGCCAGAUCGGUGAUAUUCAAUGCAACGUUGCGCGUCUCAAGACAGUUUCCAGCCUUGCGGCGACAAAAUCUGCGCUUCAGGAGAUCGAUACCAGCAAUUCUACUACGACAGGCACUGCAGUCACUGCCGCGCAGUCAGGAUUAGACUCCGCGAGCGCUGGUAUCAAAACCAUCGCCGGAGCUCUCUUGACAGGGCAGACUGCUCCUGCCACAGCACGCGACCAGGUCAAGACUGGUCUGCUUGCUGCCCAGUCUGCGCUGGGUGGAAUCACUACAGGAGACGCUGCGGUUACCGAGGCACAAACGAAGCUUAAUGACACCAUCGCUGCCGGGAGCGAUGUUGUUUCUGACUGUAACUGAAGCUGAGGAUCGUUGGGUAGGGAAGAACUUUCGGCUGAAGGUCCUGGACCCUUUUUUGGACUUUAAGUGCUUUUAUCUCUCGCCUAGUAGUAGAUCAUUAGUUUCCCCAUGUUGUGAUCGAGUCAAUAAAACUAGGUACAUAAUGAAUUUCUUUGGAUAGUUUAGAU